UUUGACGUAGCUACGCUCGCUGGCUGGCUGCCUGGCCGGUAAUGUCGGCGUUGCCAGCCAUGGUUGAUGCUGGCUCCCGAUCUCGGUCGGCAAUGCGACGUUGUCACGGCCACGGACCCAUGGGCCAUGGCGUACACGGCGACGUGCAAGGCACGCGACAUCCGAUCAGAUCAGAUCACUGCUACUAGCUACUAGUAGAGUGGUAGUACACGUUUGGUUGAGCCAUCAUUCAUCACCGGCCACAGCCACCACCCCUGGCUUAGCUUAACUAGCGACGUACACUCUCUGCUUCUCCUCCAGUUCUUCCUCCACCAUGAGCAGCUUCGCCUACCGGAAGCUCAAGAAGCUCCCGCCUCCACCCCCAAGCACGACCGACCAGGAGGAUGCGCACUACGCCGUGGCCGCCGCGCAGGACCACUACUACCGCCACGCGGCCGCCGCGAUCGUCGCCAGCAGGAGGACGUGGCGCAGCCGCCGGUCUUCCACGGGAGGCGGGCCGCGGCGGCGCGGCAGGCCGCUCAGGAUCUCGAGCCUGGCGCGUGCGCUGCGGCGAAGGGCGGCCGCGGUGGGCGGCAGGGUGCGGGCGUCGGUGGCCCGGGUGGUGACAAGGCUCAAGGAGGGCGGGCCCUGCGUGGCCGACCUCUUCGCCGGCAACUACAUGUUCCUGCAGGUCACGCCGUCGAUGGCCGCGCCCGCCACGGCCGGGGUCGGCAAGGGGGGCUUCCUGCCAUACUACCUUGCCGUCAAGGGCAAGGCGGCCGGCGCCGGCGCCGUGCAUGGCUUGAUCCGCGCCUAGCUCUGCUUGUACAGUAUACGAGUUGUUUGCUCUGUUGCUGUCUUGUGCAUGAUGUAAUUUGGCAGGUGGUUUGUUUGUGUAAUUCUGAGGUUUGGAUCAAACCUGCUGUCCAAAAUAUUGUGUAAUUUGUAGAGGGAAACGAGUUAUCUUCAACAAUCUAGAUACCAAGGAAACUUUGGAUA